UCCAUCUUUCCAGACUUCUUUUUUUUACCAAACAAUGCUGCUUGCCAGUUUCGAUAAGCUGUACAGUAGUAGAAACGAUUCUGUUAUAAACAUUUCCCAGAAGCACUAGCACUACAUAUUCGCUUUUGUAUAACAGCAGUGAUUGUAUUUGAAGAACAAUGUCUAACACUGUUUCUUUCAGUACACAAAUAGCUGCAAUCAUGGAUGUGCUAUCAAAGGCAGCAGUUGCAGAAAUAACCAAACUUGUAGACGAGGGCACCGUCGUGCUACGGCUUGAAAUGUGUCGGAAAGAAAAUGAGAUGGAAGGCCUUCAAAAUAGUUUACAGCUGAUGGAAAGAGAAUUGAGGAAAGCUCAAAGAGAAGCAGCAAUACGAGUGACAAAUGACAGGCAACAUGCUGAGGAACGUCAGGUUGGGAGUGGGACUCCACAAAAAGGUGAUGAAGAGAACCAAAAAGCCCAAGCCAUGCCUGUAGAGAACCCAGUAGAGAGCUUCAAUGAGCUGCAGCGGUCUGGACACCUUGAAGAGGCGAGGGGUGGACUGGAGUUUCUGGUGAAAGCAGAGCAGGUGGAAGAACAUGUAGCCCAGGGAACCAUAGAAGAUCAAGGAAUCACAGAAAGUGUGGACUUUAGAAUGGAUGAGAGAGAUAGUCAGCUGUGGUCCUCUGUUACACAAGGACUAAGUGGGAAUAAUUCUGGCCACCCAGAUGGGUCUUACUCUACAGGGAGAUGCUUACAGAUGUUCUCAUCUCAGGCAGAUCAAUAUCCCACUCCCAUCCCAUCCCAUCCUUCCUGUAUGUCUUUGUCCAUUGUAGGGAAACCACUAGAUGACAUAGUCAGCACUGUCCCAGUGAAAGUGGAGCCUGAGAGGCAUCCUGUGUAUCAUGACAAUGCCAUGUCUGAGUCCAUACAUGUUGUAGCUGAGCAGGGGCAGUACAGAGAUACUCUGCAUCCUGUUGUGAGGGAGGGCUUGAUUUUACAUCCCAGACUGCAGCAGCCAGGACCUUCUUCACAAGGGCUCUUGAGAGCAACUGAGAGCACAUCAGAGUCACACUCACACAACCAAGAGCAUAUUCUUAAUAAGAACAGAUUGAAAACAAAGAGGAUGGUAAAUGUUUGGAGAGCUGUACCAAACCAAAAAGUGUUCAUCUGCUCAUUGUGUGGAAAGAGCUUCCACCGCCAUUGUCAACUGGAAGCACACCAACACUCUCAUGCUGGAGUCAAGCCAUACAGAUGUCUUGAGUGUGGGAAAAGUUUUACUCAGAAACAAAGACUUAAGUCACAUCAGAGUGUUCACACGGGUGAAAGGCCUUUCAGUUGCAGACUCUGUGGCAAGAGGUUUGCAAGGCAGGACAACUGCCAAACACAUGAGCGAUUUCACAGUGGACAAAAGCCAUUUAGUUGUGUGCUGUGUGGUAAAAGUUUCACAGUUCUCUGUAACCUCAAACUACAUCAAAAACAUCAAUGGCCUUGGUGCAGUGGUUACACUCUCCGGCACACGUCGCCUACAACUUUCCACCUGAGACCAGGGUUUAAUCCCUGCUUCCAAACUUCCCACUGUUUUUCCCAAUUUCAUUACUGGCUGAAAAAAGUGUCAAACCACCCAAAAAACAUGUUUCAAAAAAAUAUUAGGGGGGGUGCUAGUGACCGGCAACAUGUGAAGACGCGUCUUCUUGGUGCUCCGAUCCAGGGCAAACAAUUUACUAUUAAUACUUGACCAACACCUCCCACCGUGUUCAUUUUGUAACAUUUAAUUUGGAAUCGAACCCAAUUUACUACUCUGACUUUUUUGGAGUGAAAAAUUUGGCCUUUUAAUCGUUAAAAUGUCUAGACAAGGUGGAGGUGGAAAGUUAAGUUCCUAGGCGUACACAUCACAGACAAACUGAAAUGGUCCACCCACACUGACAGUGUGGUGAAGAAGGCGCAAC